GCUCCAGGUGAGGGCCUGGUCACUCUUCCUGCCACCUCAACUCCAGGUGCCGGAGCCAUCCACCCGCAUCCGCCCUCGCCAUGACUUCCUUCAGCCUCCGCCAGUCCUCAUCCACCUCCACCUUCGGGGGUCCCAGCCUGUACUUUGGGGCGCCUAGCAUCCAUGGGGGCUCUGGUGGCCGUGGCGUGUCCGUGUCCUCUGCCCGCUUCGUGUCCUCGAGCUCCUUCGGGGGCUUCAGCAGCGGCGGCCGCGCCCUGGUCAGCUCCGACGGGCUGCUGUCGGGCAACGAGAAGGUGACCAUGCAGAACCUCAACGACCGCCUGGCCUCCUACCUGGACAAGGUGCGCGCCCUGGAGAAGGCCAACGGCGAGCUGGAGGUGAAGAUCCGCGAGUGGUACCAGAAGACGGGCCCCGGGCCCCGCGACUACAGCCACUACUUCAAGACCAUCGAGGAGCUGCGCGGCCAGAUUCUCGGUGCUACCAUAGAGAACUCCAAAGUGAUCCUGCAGAUUGACAAUGCCCGUCUGGCUGCUGAUGACUUCCGCACCAAGUUUGAGACGGAGCAGGCCCUGCGUAUGAGUGUGGAGGCCGACAUCAACGGCCUGCGCCGGGUGCUGGACGAGCUGACCCUGGGCAAGAGUGAUCUGGAGAUGCAGAUCGAGGGCCUGAAGGAGGAGCUGGCCUACCUGAAGAAGAACCACGAGGAGGAGCUCAGUGUCCUGCGGGGCCAGGUGGGUGGCCAGGUCAGUGUGGAGGUGGAUUCUGCUCCAGGCGUCGACCUUGGCAAGAUCCUGAGUGAGAUGAGAAGCCAGUACGAGGCCCUGUCCGAGAAGUACCGUAAAGAGGCCGAGGCCCAAUUCGUCACUCGGACGGAACAGCUGCACGUAGAGAUGGCGGGCCACACGGAGCAGCUACAGGUCAGCAGGACAGAGAUCACAGAUCUGCGGAGCACACUCCAGAGCCUGGAGAUUGAACUGCAGUCCCAGCUGAGCAUGAAAGCCGCCCUGGAGAACACACUGGCCGAAACUGAGGCCCGCUAUGGGGCCCAGCUGACGCAGAUCCAGAUGCUGAUCAGCGCCAUAGAGGCCCAGCUGGGUGAUGUGCGCACAGAGAUGGAGCGGCAGAACCUGGACUACCAGCAGCUCAUGGACGCCAAGUCGCGGCUGGAGCAGGAGAUCGCCACCUACCGCAGCCUACUGGAUGGCCAGGACAGCCUCUACAACAGCGUCUCUGGCGUGGUCAAGGCCUUCUGAGCCCUCCCACCACCCCAGGGCUGACCACUCUCCUGGGGAGGGUCAUGGGAGGGGAGAGACAUUUCCCCCCUCCUCUCCCUCUUCCCGCUUCCCCCAACUGCCAAUAAA